GCGCGGUGGGAAACGGAAGCGUCGUCAGAGCGGGCCGGGGUCGCCUCGCAGCGCGGAGUUCCCCGGCGCGUGCCCGGGCAGGGUGGGGGCGGCCCCGAGGCGCGCAGCUCCGCGCUGGCCUGUGCGGGCGAACCGUCCCCAGGGCCGGGCGCUUCCCCGGGGCCUCGCUGCCUUCCGCCUGCCUCGGGGCGCUCCUGUGCCGCGCCUCGGGGUUGGAGCGGGCAGGGUUCGAUUCGUGGGGCCCCCCUGCCCCAGGGGCAGAGUAGAAGCGCAGGGUAGUUAAAGCGGUAUCCGGCAGCUGGUUGCAAAUAGGCUUUAGAAAGGAUGCGUCCUUACUUGUGUGACAAAAUUAUAGCUGAGAGACACUUUGAUUACCUACGUUCAAAGAAAAUACUCACUAGAGAGGACACAGAAGAGAUCUCUUCUCGUUCUUCCAGUAGGAAAAAAACUGGGAAGUUAUUGGACUACUUAGCAGAAAACCCAAAGGGACUGGAUGCUUUGGUUGAAUCUAUCAGGCGAGAAAGAACACAAAACUUUCUGUUACAAAAGAUAACUGACAUAGUGUUGAAAGUCAAAAAUGAAAAACUUGAAGCUCUCAAAGGUCUAAGCUGCAGCACCUGUAUGACCUCUCUGUAUGGAGGAACAAAUAAUCUUUCUAGAUCAUAUUCUGAUGAAUCAAAUUUUUUUGAUAGAACAAAAGACAAAGAGUCUACUCAGAUGCAUAAUCCAGAAGAAGAUUAUAGCACUGCUGUGUUUGUGUCUGCCGUCUCUCUUCAUUCAAUGAAUCUACCCGUUGCGGAGAUGGGAAAUGCCGAGAGCGCAAUUUUCUCGGUCACCCUUCCAGGCCCUGGCGACCCUGGUGCACCCCCUCUCCCUCCAGAGCUUCAGUCAGAACAGCAAGAACCAUGUACUAGUUCCAGUGACAAUUGCUUUUUGCCUUUAAGAUCACGUUCUCUUCAUCCACAGUGAACUUAGUGACAUUUGUCUUUUCAUCCAAAGGCUACUGAAACAGUUUCAUGUCUUUUAAGGGUAAAAAAUGUUUUCAAACUGUUAAUUUGUGAAAUCAAUGGAAACAAUGCUAUUUAAUGUUUUUAAAGAGUUGUGGGUUUUUUUUUGUAAUCGAGUGACUCUGUAGCUGCUCGAUUUUUGUUUUCUUAAGGGUUUUUUUUUUUAAGAUUAUGCUACUACACCAGCAAAAGUUGUUUCUUCAUUGUUCUGAUUUAUUUUUGUUUGCUUUGUUUUUAAACCAGUGUAUUUAAGAUACCAUGUUUAGUUGCAGACACUUGAGCUGCAGUUCCAGAAUGGUAACUAACAAAUGUAAUUUUCUUAAUGUUUCUUUGACGAGUGAAAAAGCAAGGGUGAUUAAGAAAAGCACUGAGUAUUGAAUAAUAACUUCCUGAACUAAAAGCUUGAGCUCACAUGCAGAAAAGUUUAAACUCAUUUACUAAAUUGUCUGUCCUCCAUGUAUGCGUAUAAUUUGCAAAAAAAGUAUCUUCCUUUGGGGGGGAAAAAAAAAAUCUGACCAGAUCUGUAGCUAUGCUUAUUUGCAAGAAGGCUCUUAAUUUUCUGGACUUUUUGUCCUACCAGUAAAUUGAAAAGCAGUGUCACAGUGAUUUUGAGCUAGCAAGUAUACAUCCACAAGCCUUGGCAUAUUAUUAUUGUAUAUAAUUUAGAAAUUUGUGAUUUGAGAUGCACUUUAAAUACAAAUUAUCAUUAAUAUUUAAAAAGGACAGUAAACUGCAGUAAACUCAUCGUGUGGGCUGUCAGGAAAAUGUUAUUGUAUAAUGCUGUUAGGGACCGAGGCUUGUAUGUUUUGUCCGGGUGGGUGAGUAGAGGAGUCUUAUAACAAGACAAUGUCCUUAACUGAAAGAUUCUUGGAAGUGUUGCCCUUCACGUACCUGCUCUUCAACACUGACACGUUUACAUUUUGUAUCAUUUAGAAUUGAAGGCAUUUAAACAAUUUGAUCAUGGGAAGGUUCUCAUAUUUCUUGACACAAUAUAAUGUGAUAUUUCUCUCAUACUCUGCUUUAACCACUUUAAAAUUACUCAACAAACUCUUCCUUGGAAAUGUGUAGUUGUGUUCUGUAAUGCUGCACUUUAGAGUGAUACUUUCAGUAUAUCAAAAAAUAAGUUUUGUAUUUCUGGCUUUAAAUUCUUUGGGUUUUCAUACAGCUGUGUAAUUCCAUUCAAGACAAAAGCGAGGUAAUAACCCUAAGUUGUGUUCUCCUUUUGUGGAGACAGACCUUCUGCUCUAAACUUUCAUUUCAUGUUUGCUCUGAUUUCAGAAGUAGGUGAAAAUAAACGGCGGUGUUCAAUUGUAGUCCACAUUCAGUAUGUGAAUAGCUUACAUUUGCUAAAAAUGUGAACUUCUGUUCGUGCGUUUAUAAAAAAUCCUUGUCUUGUAAACAUCUGAGGACCUUCAAGAUCAUGAUUCUAAGUGAAACUCAUCAGUACAGAUGGAACUCUGAGAUUUAAGUACCUAAAUACAAGUAAAAUCUUGUUCUCUAAAAUUAAAUUGAAGAUAGGUGCAAAUCUUUCUUCCAUUAACUUGAACUGCAGUUGCACGUACUCAGGAUGCAUAAAAGUUUAUGUCUAGAUAUCCCUUUGGUCGCUGUAUGCCACUUGAAGAGUUGCAUUGGUGUUCUCAAACCUUUUUUUUUUUUUUUUCCCCUCCCUCCUCCUGCUUGUUUUCGCUUCCUUGGCAGCUUAGACUUGGGUCCCUUCUUAGGUUCUUGUAAAUGGGGAGAGAACAAGCUUGGCCUUAACUGAAAAAGGGCUUCAGCUCAAGUUGGAAACUGUCUUGUAGUUGUACAUCAGAACACGCAUGCAGUGUGUGCUGCCUGUCACACUGCACAGUGAGCAGCGGGCCUGCCCAUGCAGGGAGCGCUCCUGCAGUGGAGCCUCUUAACCUGAGACUUUAAAUGAAUGUAUUAUCUUAUUAAUGUUUAUAAUGGGCAUUUCUAAAAAAAAAAAGAGAUUUUUAUCAUGACUUCUUGAAUAAAUUCUUUUGUAUAUUU